GUUUUUUAUUCAUUUCCUCUCCAAUUCCUCGCCGAUCACUCCCCCUUUAUAAACCUUUUCGGCUUCUGCUUCCCCACCUUUUUCCUCUGCGAUCGGCGAUGCUCUGCUCGCCGCUCCGACGUUCUCACGCCGCCGCCGACCUCUGAGUCGCCGGAGAUCUUGCUUUCAGAUCUGUGAGCUAAUUUCAGGCUGGCGGCUUGGUUCUUCACAAGGGAGGGAGUUUAGAAGAACUUGCUUCUUGAUGCCCAGAUGAGCAGAACUGAUGUUAUUGGCAGUGGAAGGAGGAGGGUUCUUCUCUUCUUCAGCUUCGGGGUACACUAAGGGCCUGACCCUUCUUCUCUUGGGUCAGAAGAACGAAGAAAAACCCAUGAGAGUUUCCCCGUGGAAUCAGUACCAGUUGGUGGACCAAGAAUCCGACACCGACCUCCAGCUGGCUUCCGGGAAGAACCGGCUUUCCCGCGGGUGCGCUUCCUUUGUCUGCUUUGGUCGCGCUUCCGCAGGACUUGAGGUCCCAUCCCCACUGAAGGUGGGCCCUGUUCAACAGCAGGAUGGCUUGCCAGGGCCUCCUAUUUCAGACAAGGGCAAGGAUCAUACUACUGAUCAUGGUGACGAUAACAAUGAAAGAGAUGUUCCUCUUAAGAGUAGCUUGAAAAAACCAUUUAAUAGUAUUCCAGUUUCUGGUGGUGAUAAUGAAUGUGAGCCAUUGGGUGAAACAUGUAGUGACAUCCCCGGUUGCACUGAAAGGAGGAAAGUGCAGUGGACAGAUGCAUGUGGUAGAGAGCUUGUUGAGAUUAAGGAAUUUGAGCCCAGUGAAGUGGGCGAGUCGGAUGACGAAUUCGACAACGGAAGUGAAAGGAGUUGUUCUUGUGCAAUAAUGUAGUUGGCUUCUUACUAUAAAAAUGUCAUAUGGUCUCAACUUUUCUAAAAAGGCAAUGCUGCAUCGCUUGAAUCACUACUAACAACAGCUCAUUUGGAUUCUCCAUUGUUGAACUGAUUUCUCUGGGAGAUAGAAAAGCAGGUUUUUGAAGGGGGGGUUUGGUACCGGAACCGGAGCAUUCGAAGGAGACGAAGUUGUGGCCAUCCCUGUAGAAGACGACUGAGCAGCUGUGUCUAUAUAAUAUUCCUGGGGAUUUCAAUUUUGUUGCUCUUGGCUUCACUUGGUUUUUCUUUUUAUUAUUCUUGUUAAAUAGAACUGCAUUGUCCAUUGGUUCAUCGUAAUUAAUAUGUAUUUUUUUUCUUUUUUCUUUUUCUUUUUUUUUAAAAAAAUUGGUCAUUUGGGUUUUUAACAGAUCUUAUGGUAUUUGUUCUUCUGGGACUAUGUAGAGCGAAUUUUGUAGACGUGACAUCUUUUUUAAAGCUUUGGAUGGUGUAAUUUUAUUUCA